AUGGACGGUGGUGGUGGUGGUCUGAGCAGUAGUAGCCGCUUCUCCAAAAUGUGGACCACAGCCGUCCUGAACGCGAUCACAAGCCGAGCGACAUCGGCUUCGAAAAAUUUCUCCGUACGCUACUCCUCCAUACCGAACAAUGAUGGAUCGUCCGGUGGUACGUCAGCGUCCGCGAGUAAUCUCAGCAAGAUUAUGGGCGGUUCCGGCAUCAUACUGCCGCUGGACGUCGAGGAAACGGUUACGUGCUUCUGCAGAAAGGCCCGACGCAAGGAACGAGACGGAGAUUCGAAUCAGGGCGACACAAAGCUUUACCUCGAGGAAGGUUUAUUAGAGCGGAAGCUACCCGAUGCGGACCUCCGGUUAUUAGUCGAUCUACCUGCCGGACUGGACUACAACGAAUGGCUAGCCUCGCACACCCUUGCGCUGUUCGAGCACGUCAACCUCGUGUACGGUACCAUCAGUGAAUUCUGCACUACAUCCGGCUGUCCAGACAUGACCGGCCCAGGAACUAGGAUGUACCUCUGGUUCGACGAGAAGGGCAAGAAGACGCGGGUGGCGGCCCCACAGUACAUCGACUACGUGAUGACAUUCACCCAGAAGACGGUCAGCGACGAGUCGAUCUUUCCCACCAAAUAUGCCAAUGAGUUCCCUAGUUCGUUCGAGAGCAUCGCUAGAAAAAUCGUACGUUUACUGUUUCAUGUGAUUGCGCACCUGUACGCGGCCCACUUCCGAGAGGUCGCCCUGCUCGGGCUGCACGCGCAUCUUAACCUCACUUUCGCGCAUCUGACCGCGUUCCAUAGGCGAUUUAAUCUGAUAGAAUCCAAAGAAACGGAAGUACUGCGCGAUCUGGAGAUUGCGCUCCGCCUGACGGACGAUCCGACGGCCCCGGCGACGGCGGCCACCGACAGUAGUGCCUCGAUCGCGUCCACGACCUCGGCCUCGACCGGCACGACCAACACGUGCUCGUCCUCGUCCACGUCCUCGACCGCUUCCUGCUCGCCGCCGCUACUCCUAACCUCCACCAACACCAGCGCCGUGCCGCCAAACAAUGGUGCGGUGAACAGUAGCGGCUGCCCUACCCAGCUACCACCCUCCUCCUCCACCACCAACGCCUACAGUGCGGACAACAAUAAUAGCAGUAGUAGUGAUAAUACCAACAGCAGCAGCACCACCGCCCUCAACCAUGCACUCAUCGAUGGGGACGCGACGGCACAGCCGAUCUGCAAGCAGCCGCUCGAAUCGGGCAGCGUUGUAAAUAGUAAUAGUCAUAAUCAUCACGCCCAUCCCCAUCACCAUCAUCAUCACCAGCACAAGGUGGAAUCGUGUGCGACGGGCGGUGGUGGUAGUGGUAGCAGCACGGGUAGUGUCGGUGUGACCGGAUGCGGUGUCGGCUAUAGUGUUGGAGGUGGUGGUGGGGGCGGAGGCGGUGGACAUUCAGGUGGUGGGCCAAGCUCGCAGCAGUCGUCCAACACGCAAACAACGGCAUAGUGGAUACGUUGGACAGCGAGCGUUGGGGCCGGCGCCGGAACCAUGUUCCUGCUGGGCGGGGCGGCGUGCUGUGGGGCCCUCCAGGUGCCCACCCAAAUCUGACCAAAAUGUGAUCUUAAAAAACAAAAAAACAA